GGAAGUGCUUUGUUACCGUCCUCUUGCGUUUUUAAACCAAAUAAAGAGCCACAGGCUUUUGCUGGAUCUUUUCGGAUGUAAAAUUAGUCUACAUGAGACGUUUAUUUGUCCAAAUUUUAAAACGAGUUUUGAUAAUUACUUAGGUGUGAUCUAGCUUUUAUUUGUUUGAACGCUACGACAAGGAAAUUAACUGCAGUGUACACAUUUACUGUCGUGUUUGUUAUUUGAAACGUUGAAGAACGAAUACAGUAGCUUCCACUAUGGAUCGGGACAGAGCAAGUCCGUCCCCCUCCAACCUGCUAGAGUCCCCUGGUCACAACUCUCCUGGUAGCACCUUACUGCUGGGUCUGAAGAGGGUUUCGGUACGGCUGGUCGACUGCAGGAAAACAGCAGGGCAGAGUGGAACUGUGAGAGAAGGACACAAGGAGGGAGAUUUGAUUUCAUCAAGGGACUCUCCUCCUCUCAGUGGGAGGGACUUAUCAUCUGGGGAGCUUCAACAACAACAUGUUGCUGACGAGGCAGAGCAGAGUCUCUCCCAAUCAGAACACCUCAAACACCAGCACAGACGUACAGGGAAGAAAUCUCACCACAGCUGCUCUGACUGUGGGAAGAGUUUCACUACACGGAGAUCCUUCAUAAUUCACCUGCGUAUUCACACCGGAGAGAAGCCUUAUCACUGUUAUCAGUGUGGGAAGAGCUUCAAUCAGUCAGGCAACCUGACAACACACCAGGUAACACACACUGGAGAGAAGCCUUAUAGCUGUGAUCAGUGUGGGAAGAGCUUUGCUCGGUCUGGACAGCUGACUACACACCGGGUAACACACACUGGAGAGAAGCCUUAUAGCUGUGUUCAGUGUGGAAAGAGCUUUAAUCAGGCAGGCAACCUGACAGCACACCAGCUAACACAUACUGGAGAGAAGCCUUACAGCUGUGAUCAGUGUGGGAAGAGCUUCAAUCACUCAGGCAACCUGACAGCCCACCAGGUAACACACACUGGAGAGAAGCCUUAUAGCUGUGAGCAAUGUGGGAAGAGGUUUGCUCACGCUUCCAACCUAACUCGACACCAGGUGACACACACAGAAGAGAAGCCUUACAGCUGUGAUCAAUGUGGGAAGAGUUUUGCUCAAGCUUCCAACCUAACUAGACAUCAGGUAACACACACAGAAGAAAAGCCUUACAGCUGUGAUCAAUGUGGGAAGAGGUUUGCUACAUAUUACACAUUCAAAUAUCAUCUGAGAAUUCAUACAGGGGAGAAGCCUUACCCCUGCCUUGAUUGUGGGAAAAACUUUGCGAGUGCAGGAUCCCUAACCAUACACCAGAGUGUACACACAGGAGAGAAGCCUUACAGCUGUCAUCAGUGUGGGAAGAGCUUUGCUGUAGCUAACACCCUGAUUAUACACCAGCGCAUUCACACUGGAGAGAAGCCUUAUAGCUGUAAUCUGUGUGGAAAGAGCUUUGCUGUGGUUUCCACCUUGAAUAAACACCAGCGCAUACACACUGGAGAGAAGCCAUAUAGCUGUGAUCAGUGUGGAAAGAGCUUUGCUCUAUCAGAUAAACUAACUAUACACCAGCGAACACACACAGGAGAGAGGCCUUAUCGCUGUGAUCAGUGUGGAAAGAGCUUUGCUCGAGCUUCCACCCUGAAUUCACACAAGCGAACACACACAGGAGAGAAGCCUUAUAGCUGUGAUCAGUGUGGAAAGAGCUUUGCUGAGUUAGGGACACUGAAUUCACACCAGCGAACACACACUAGAGAGAAACCCUAUGUCUGUCUAUGUGGAAAGAGUUUUUCUCUUUUAGGGCAAAUUAAAAAACACCAGAAAUCAAAAACGUGCCAUAUUUCAUCUCCAUCCUAUACCCGACAGUGUUUAUAGAUCCCUAAAUGAAAGGCUCUAUAGAAACAUAUCCAUCUCCCAUUCUUAAACAUUUGACUUAGUCUGAUCACCAUGGUAACCUCUGUGCAGCAUAAUAUGCAGCUCUGAUCUAGGAUCAGUUCUCCCCUGUGUCUUUGUAAUAUCACACAUUGAUCUACAUGGAUAAAUGUUAUCAUGGGAAAUGUCAUAGUGAACCUGUGGGGGGAUGUUGAUAAUAGAAUCUUCUUUCAUGUACUCAUGAUACUACUAUUAUUAAAUGUCAUUAUGUAGAAUGUUUCAACAAUAGGUGUAUAUUCAUGUAUUCAAUUGAUCAAUACAUUCAAUCCAACUAUCUUCUAAACAUGAAGUUAUCACUUAAAUUGUGUAUUUUAUAAAUCUGUAUUGAUUAAAAUGAUCCUAAAUCUAAUCCAUAAUAUAUUGGAUAAUUAUUUCCAUGAGUUCAAGACAAGAUCUAUGCAUACUGUGUCUUGUACCAACGGUUAAUGUAAUAACUUUUAGAUUUAUAAUGUAAUAAAACUGGUAAAUGUAACAUCUUGUUGGUUAAUAUGAUGAAAAGUUGUCUAAUAACCUUUUCCACCUAAUGUAAUAAGUUAUUGGUAUCAGGUAACAACUUUUUUUAAUGAAUAACGUAAUAACUUAAACCGAUCAUGUAAUAAAUCAAAUAA